UGACAAGGAAAUGUACAGUGUAGUACUUUUUUUCUGAGUGUACACCGUGAGAUAGAUAGAGGAGAUGUGACCAGAGACAUCCAAAGUAGAGAAAUGCCGAUAAGAGCAAUCUACACACUGUGGCAUCUGUCUGUAAUCUGCUAAAUUAUCCAUCUAUUAGAGCUCGUUUAUUUGUAUUUGUUAUCUGUUAGAGCAUGUUGUAAUAUAUUCUGCAAGCGCGUGUAGCAGGUCGCGCGUGUGCUCCAUGCACGCCCCGUGAUUGGUCAGCGUCCUCAGUCUGUCAAGCCGCGUGGGCGUGGUUUCAGAAGCUCGCGCUCCGAGAGAAACGAGAAAGACACAGAGCUGCACUCUAGCACACACGCACACGCGCAGCGCUGCGAGCCAGAGCAUCUCUCCUCCGGUGGCACAGCUCACUUCUUUCGCCGAAGCCGAAAAACGACGUAGUGGCACCGCGAAGUUGCUCUAAGGAGCCGGGGAUCGAACGCGACGCACACCUGGAUAAGCGCGGAGGGAGCAGCGAAGGGACCAGAGCGCGUCGAUUUGGAACGCGAACAUCAUGCUCGUCAAUCAGCACAUGCUUUUCGCCUUGUACGGCAUCUGCGGGAUCCUGCUGAAAGCGGCGGCAACGAAAAACAAAGUGAAAGGAGCCCAAGGCCAGUUCCCAAUUGUCCAGAAUGUGACGGUGACAGAGGGAGGGACGGCCAACCUGACCUGUCGCGUGGAUCAUAAUGACAACACCUCCCUCCAGUGGUCAAACCCAGCACAGCAAACCCUCUUCUUCGGGGAUAAGAAAGCUCUGCGAGACAACCGGAUUGAUCUGAUCCGAGCCUCGUGGCAGGAGCUCACCAUCAGCAUCCGUGAGGUUACACUCGGAGAUGAAGGGCUAUAUACUUGUUCCCUCUUCACCAUGCCUGUCAAAACAGCCAAGGCCUAUCUGACUGUACUGGGCGUACCAGAGAAACCAGAGAUCAAUGGUUUUACUAAGCCAGCAAUGGAAGGAGACCAGAUCACCCUGACAUGUGUUACUUCGGGCAGCAAGCCAGCCGCAGACAUCAGGUGGUUCAGGAACGAGAAGGAGAUUAAAGGGGCAAAAGAGGUAAAUGCCAGUGGGAAGACAUUCACGGUCAGGAGCUCACUGCAGCUGCAGGUAGACAGGAAUGAUGAUGGUGUGGCCUACACAUGUAAAGUGGUCCAUGAGGCACUGCGGGCUGUCCCACAGCAAACAACCGAGGUGCUGGAAGUGCACUAUGCUCCUCGUGUGGAGAUCAGGCAUUCUCAAGCACUUCCGCAAGAAGGAGAUGUUCUCAAACUGGAAUGUGUGUCUAAUGGAAACCCCUCGCCAGACCCAGUGAAAUGGACAAAAGAUGGAGGCAAACUGCCAGACUUGGACCGCUUGAUUGUGGAUGGCAGAGAUCUCACUUUCAUAUCCUUAAAUAAAACGGACAACGGCACCUACCGCUGUGAAGCUAGCAAUCAUCUGGGCACCAACCAUGCUGAAUAUGUGCUCUUUGUGUACGAUGCCCCCACUACACCCUCUCCAUCCACAACUCCUCCCCCUGUAGCCAUCCUCCCAGACUCCACAGAUCCAUUAGACUUCAAGCAGUCCAACUCUGCAGUCACCGGUCAGAGAGAUCCUAAUGCUUUGGGACAGCAUGGUCCAGAUCAUGCUCUGAUUGGUGGAGUAGUGGCCGUUGUUGUCUUUGUCACCUUGUGCUUAAUCAUCGUACUUGGCCGAUAUCUGGCACGGCAUAAAGGCACAUAUUUGACAAAUGAGGCCAAAGGAGCAGACGAUGCCCCUGAUGCAGACACAGCCAUUAUCAAUGCAGAUGGUAACCACGCACACACAGAGGAAAAGAAGGAGUACUUCAUUUAGACUGUGCUCCACUCGCCUCUCUCUCUCUCUCUCUCUCUCUCUCUCUCUCUCUCUCUCUCUCUCAUUCCCUGCUCCAUGUAGGAACCUUGCCUGGCAGCAGAGGAAACUUCUUCUUUACUCAUGUCCUAUGUUCUUUGCGCUUUUUAUUUGCAUCCGUGUUUUUUUGUUCUUUUAUCAGCUUGUCCUGAAUUUUACCUGCUAUUUUUUCCAAACAUAGCUGCUGAUGAUCUUUGCUUUUUUUUUUUAUUUACAUUGUUCACAUUGUGUCUGUAAAAAAGUGAAUCGUUGGCCAAACCUCCUGAAUCCAGUUCAAGACUUCACUUUAAUUUCUUUCUGAAGUCCUCCACCAUCACUUUCUCACAGUGCCUCAAUAUAAUAUACAGACAUCCAUCCGAGGUUUAAGUCAAUGCCUUCUGUUGGGUCGAGUGUUUUAGGAUUGGCUGCUCGCUUUUUUAAUCUUCAGCACUAUUACAAACGCAGUAUCAUCUCUAAUGUAUAUAUGUAUUUUUGUUUCUUUUUACUCUUUACAAUCCAUUGCAACACUGUUGUAAUUUUUCUUCAAUUAAAAAAAAUAUACAGGAAAUAAUUUUCUUAAGAAAAGUAGCUGAUACCCGUUUUAACUUACAGAAAAAUGCUGAUCAGUAAUUAGUGUGUUCCAUAGUGUGAGUGAAGAUUUUCGCAAUCAGACUGAUAGCUCACACUUGUAUUAACCAGUAUUUGUACCUGAAAUGUAGAUAUUGGCAAAAAGCCUAUAUGAUAGUUCAAGGGUCAUGAAGCAUCAACUGGAUACUCCCAUGUUUUACAUCAUCAAAAAAGUAGCUUAUAUGAUAGAAGGCCAGGGGUUGUAGGCUGAGGACACACUGGUGACUUUAAUGAAGUUUCCUUUAUGUCUAUACUCAACAAGUUACUGUGUUUAUGUGAAAUACUGUGUCUCAGGCUCAUCUGUAUAUUCCUGCACUGUCUCACUCAAACAACAGGAAACAGUGACUAUAUUCACAUUACAGACUUUUACGCUCAAUCCCUCAUCUGUUCACAUCUGUCUGUCAUUUAAAUGAACAGAUUUCUGGCAUGUAAAAGCCU